AUGCUUGCACUUUGCUUAGAAUUAAAAACUACUAAACAAUUUGAUAAAAUGAAAGAUAUUUUAAUUAAAGAAAUAAAAUGUAUUAAUAUUAACUUUCAAUUUUGGCAAAAGCAAAAUUUUAGUACAUGGCAAUAUAUUUCUCUAACAGGUAAUAACAAACUUAAAAUGCUUAAAAUGUUUAAUUUGGUUAUAAUUUUUGCUCCAAAAUAUUUAAUUUUAAUUCGUCAAUUGUGA